AUGGAAGACUUGAGAUGUGAAAAUGUAUUUAUCACUGAAAAAUUAACUACAAAACUAAGUAAUUUUUAUUACAUCAAUCAUAUAAGAUUACUAGGUGAAAUAAAAUCUGAUAAAUUAAGAUUUUUAUCUCCAGAAUUGUUAAAGAGUAUUCAUACAAGCUCUGAACAUAAAUACAAUAAUGAAGAUCAGAUAUUCAGCUUUAGAAUAUUGCUUAUAGAAUUACUUAAUGAAAAAUACUAUACUGAAAAACUACUACCAAAAAACUAUAAUGAUGAAAAUGAUAAAAUAAUAUUUAAUAGAUUAGAAGAAAUUAUCAUAAAAUUCUAUAAAGACCCACUUGACCAAAUAAAAUUAGAAGAUAUCUCCACCAAACUAAAUGAAUUAUUACUAAUCAUAAAAGCAUAUAACAUAACAUUGAGAAAAGGAAAUACUGAAUUAAACAUAAAAAUAAUACAUAAUUAUUACACAGAUAAAGCUUCACCAAAUAUUAAUCUAAGUAAUAUAUUAUUAAAUACUUUAUAUGAUAUAGGUAAUUCGAUAUAUUAUAAUUGUGAUGUAUCACGAAAUAUGAUUUAUAAAUUGGCAUUAUUUAAAAUCAUUGCAAAACAUAACCAUAAAGACACUAAAAAAUUAAUAAAAUCUCUACAAAAGAAUGAUAAAAAUACUGUUGAUACAGAUAUCGAUUCUAUUGAAACUGAUGAUACAAAUUCUGAAGAAACAGAUAAUAAUCACUCUAAACUUGCUAGAUCAAAAACAAUAUAA